AUGGCCAACCAGUCGUGGAGCAAGGAGUGUUGUACACACAUGCACGUGUCAGGGUGGACCACUUUUUGGCCUUCUCCCAAGAUGAUCUUGGACAUUAUUUUAUUUUGGGAGAAGUGAUCUCUGCUAAGAGAAUGUAGCUUUGAUUUAUAUUCUGCUCAAUUGCCAAAAUAUUUCUAAUGUAGGACUAAAGCUUCUCAUGUGUUUAAAGGUAGUCGUUUAGAGCACAGUGUCAUCUAGUGAUGUUUAGAGAGCUAUGUCAUGAGAUAAGCCAAAUCUUGGAAUAGGUGAGCCGUCAUGAUACUAGAUGUGUGAAGUAAUCCAUUGGCGGUUCGCGAAUCCGACGACACUUAGCAUGCAUGUGGCCAUAAAUGAUAAUCCGACAACUAAGGAGGUGCCACAGUACUAAGGACUUAAGUUCCUAGUCGGCAAUAGUUCGUGAUAGGUUGAUCUUGCAUUGCUCAACACGCCACAUGACCAAGCACAUCUGAUCCAACGGCUCAUGAAGCACCACAAUACUAAGAACUUAAGUUCUCACACGUAUCCAUAUUAGGAAUAUAAAAAUAAUAAUCAAUUAUUUUCUAGUAAAAUGUAUAUUAUUCAUUAUAUUUAAAAAUUCCGACAAUAGUCACAAAUAUGGAAAUCCAUUCUUCUCUCCUUUCGCGUGAUCAAUGCCUUCAACGAUUGGCGAGCUCGUUCCUUCCUCCUCCGACUACACUCAAGGCCUCCAAUGAGUGAUCAACUCUUCCCUCCCUCCUCAGACGAUAGUGACAAUGUGGUUGACCCCUUGACGUGACUUAGUCAUUGUAUAUUAAAUCACGCAAAUAUAAAAUUUAUAAAACUAGAAAAUAUAAAUUUUCGGAUAUUUAGAAGUAUUUAUGAACAAAUAUAUCAAGUAUAAUUCAAUAAAACUUCCAAAAAUAGCGAUAAUUUUCCAAGUCGAUCACAAGGAUGUAAUAUAAUAUCUGGUAAUUAUUCAAAAUUUUUCUCAAAGAAUACUAUUUUUUAUGAAUUUUAUACUAAGAAAUAAAAAGGAAAUAUAUUUCAAAUUCACGGAAAAAGAAAAUAAGGGUGCGGACGUCAGGAUGAUGUCAGUGCUCAGUGAACGUGAAUUGGGCAGAAACAGAGUUCUGCUCGAUGAUUCUUACGUAUGCGAUUAUAGAUGAUUUAAUUGAUCAAAUUAAGAUCUGUAAAAGCCGAAAGAAUCGUAAUGAAAUGAAAUAUAUCUUGGUAAAUUUAAAAUCAACAAAUUAUCACUAAAUGAAAUGAAAAUUAAGUUGAAAGCAAGAAAAUAGAGUUCCGGCAUCGCGGCGGUGAUGCACCAGAAUCCUGAGCAUUCAGGAGGAUAGUCGUGUAGUGUCCACGGCCUCGAAGGCUCUCCUUUAACAAGGACAAUGUGGGCAAUCUCUAGAUCUCUUCGCGAAGUCUAGAGAUCAAUAAAAUGGGUUGUUGAAUCGUCUCCGGCGGCUGUCACCUGGCGAAGCGGAAAAAUGGCGACUUUGCGGCUCUCCGACGGCUGUCACCCAACGGAGAGGAGCUGGAUGGAGGUGGGGCGCGUGUUAGGGAGCUUCAUCCUCAAGUCCGCACAGCAAGAGAAGGCUCUUCAUCACAUCUGGUACACUCUUAGGAGGUGACGGCUCGUCUCCCGGCAGAUCGUCCUCUUCCUGACGACGGCUUGUUUGUCGAUCAAUCGGAGAUGUUUUACUCGAUGGAUUCGCGGUCCUUUUAUCGCGAAUCGUUAAGUAAUUUUAGUAACAAUGCUCCGCAAAUCGUGCUAACGAGAUUUUUGCCAAUGAUCCAGCGAUUAUGGUUGCUUAAUCCUUCACCAGCGAUUUGCAGGAAAGUUGCGAUAAUCAGAUAAAAAAAAAAGAGUUUUGGCUCUAGGAGGAUUCGAACCCGUGCCGGUUGCCUGCCCUUUAUGGGGAAGGUGACGUGGGUUUAGUCCCACAUCGGUUGUGCACUGAAAUUUCUAGCGAAUAUAAACUAAUAUUACAUUCCCGAUCAUGUCCCUUUCUCACGUGUGUACGACCACUCCUUGCCCCACAGCCGACUGGCCACCGGUGAUGUGGAAGGGGAGUGGCGCACACAUGCCCCCAUCAGUUCAAGCCGCUCGAGCCCCUACUCGCAGCUACUUCUCGACUGCGCUUCCGACUUGCUCGCGGGCGCCGGCUGGCUGGCGGGUCUCCCCAUUUUGCAAUUUUUUUUUUUUCUUUCUUUUUCUUCAUUUAUCUCAAAAGUAAGACUGUAAAAAUCAUAUAAAUUCGUAUAAAAUCACAUAAUUACCCAAAAAUCACAUUAAUCAACUGAAAACCACUUUUUACACUUUAACACAAAUAUAAGUCUAUUUAUCAUGAGUUAAGACUAAAACUAUAUUAUUUACAAAUUAUUAACUCAUGAUAAUGAAGACUUAUCACACCCCCCAACUUAAAUCAUUGCUAGUCCCUUAGCAAUGGAAUUACGAAAAUAAAAAUUUACAAAUCUCAAAAAUUAUAUUUCAAUACAUAAAAAAAAAUACAAUUAGAAAUGAUGCACCUUUAGACACUUUGGACUCUUAUAUCAAAUAUUUAAGAAUGAUGUCAAGCACUUAAAUGUUUAAACACUCCUUGGAAUAACAAUCUAGACUUCACUUCUUCUAUUCACAUCUUUAUCAUGUCUUCACUCAUAGAUAGAUUUACAAAAUGUUCCAAUUAUCAAUAAUCAUCUAAGAAUAAUAUUGAUCCUACAUUUCCCUUUUUCCAUGGCUUGAUUUUUGAAGUGUGCACUAUAUUUCUUCCUCUUUUUUUUUAUAUAUAUAGUGGAUAAGUAGCUUUUACUGUAGACAAAUUUCGACAAUAAGAAUGAUGUCUCACACCCUCCAUAUGUACUCUUCAUUUUCAAGGCUUUCACUUUAUCCACUUAUUUUGCAGCAAAUGUUUUUCUAUACACGAUUUUCGACAAUGAGAAUGAUGUCUCACACCCUCUAUGUGUACUCUUCGUUUCUAGAUUUUUCACAUUUCUCUCUCUCUUUUUUUUUUAAAUAAGUGAUUUCUCCUCACAAGUCCUAUAGAUCUGGGUGCAAAAAUCUCUAUUAAACUCAAAUGAUCAAUCAAAUUUUCACAUCAAGUAAAUACUAUCCAUCAAGAUCAUGAAGUGAAAAUUUGUAAAAUCAAAUCUAUGCUAUCUAUCAUGUAUCCAAGGAGUAUUCCAAUAUUUCAUGCUACUUGAUCAUUCUUUUGACUCAAUAAUAAUCUUCCUAGUAUCUUUUGGUAUCAAUCAAUCUAAUUGAUUUAAUUUUUCAUGCAUGCAAUAUGAUGUAAGAAAUUUAUAAAUUAGAUAGUUCUGACAGUUCUGUUUUCUAUUUUCAGUUCUAUUUUUAGCAACAAUAAAUUUGUCAAAAAUAAAUCAAAACUAUCCUCUUUAUAGCUGUAAUUUCGAAUUUCAGUAAUAUAUGUCUAGGGAAUUGAAAUGUGAGAAAAGGGUCUCUAGAAUUUCAAAUUUUGGGUUGUUUUUUGUCUAUUGUUUUUGACAGUCUCUUGUUCCUGACAGAAAACCAGAAAAUAGAUGUUGCAGUUUUCUAAAUUUUAUUUUAUUUUUUAGUUUUUCAGUUUCUGUUCUAAUGCAAACACAUGUUCUUAAUCAUCCUACAGCAUAAAUUAAUAAUGAAUACUUCACCCCCCAACUUAAAAAUGACAUUAUCCUCAAUGACACAAAAAAAUCGAAAUAGAAUAUAUAGAAAAUAUAAUUUUCAAGUGAAGCAUGCAUAUAUGCAAAGUUAAGCAUUAAAAAUAUUGUCAUAAAUGAUAAAGCUUAGAAAGACAUCACCUCAACCUCAUUUUUAAUUUUCCACUUCAUCUUACACUCUUCCUCCUACACUUUUUCGAAAAAAACAAAUACAGAAACAAGUACUGCAAAAUUUUAAGAAAAACAGAGCUUAAAAAAAAUUCAAAUAGAGUGAAAUAAAAACCAUGGGUUGCCUCCCAUGCAACACUGAAUUUCAUGUCUUCAGCUGGACAGAUCUUAGAUCAUAUAAGAUGAUCUAUGGCCAUCAAAAUAUAUUUGUAUCUAAUAAGUUUUCAUUAUCAUAGGUUAAUAAUUAGUAAAUAAUAUAGUUUUAGCCUUAACUCAUGAUAAAUAGACUUAUAUUUGUGUUAAAGUGUGAAAAGUGGUUUUCAGUUGAUUAAUGUGAUUUUUUUGGGUAAUUAUUUGAUUUUAUACGAAUUUAUAUGAUUUUUACAGUCUUACUUUUGAGAUAAAUGAAGAAAAAGAAAUAAAACUAAAAUAUUGCAAAAUUGGGGGGACCCGCCGGCCAGCCGGGCCCGCAAGCGGGUCGGAAGCUUAGUCGGGGAGUAUCCGCGAGCAGGGGCUCGAGCGGCUUGGACCGAUAGGGGCACGUGUGCGCCACUCCCCUUCCACGUCACCGGUGGCCAGCCGGCUGUGGGGCAAGGAGUGGUCGUACAUGCGAGAGAAGGGACUUUGCUUAGAAAGCUAACAUUACUUUAUAUUCGCCUGAAAAAUCGGCGCACAACCGAUGUGGGACUAAACCCGCGUCACACCUUCUUCAGAAGGGCGGACAACCGGCGCGGGUUCGAAUCCUCCCAGAGUCAAAAUUCAUAUAUUUUUAUCUGAUUAUCGCGACUUUCCUGCAGAUCGCCGGUGAAGGAUUAAGCAACCAGAAUCGCUGGAUCAUCGGCGAAAAUCUCGUCAACGCGAUUCGCAGAGCAUUGCUACUAAAGUUGCUGAACGAUUCGCGAUAAAAGGAUCGCGAAUCCAUCGAGUAAAUCAUCUCCGAUUGAUCGACGAACAAGCCGUCGUCGGGAAGAGGACGAUCCGCCGGGAGACGAGUCGCCACCUCUUGAGAGCGUACCAGAUGCGAUGAAGAGCCUCCUCUUGCUGCGCGGACCUGAGGAUGAAGCUCCUUGACACGCGCCCCACCUCCAUCUAGCUCCUCUCCGUCGGGUGACAGCCGCAAAAGACUGCAAAGUCGCCAUUUUUCCGCUCCGCCGGGUGACAGCCGCCGGAGACGACUCAGCGACCCAUUUCAUUAAUUUCUAGACUUCACGAGAAGAUCUAGAGAUUGCCCACGUCGUCUUUGUCCAAGGAGAGCCUUCGAGGUUGUGGACACUGCACGACGAUCCUCCCGAACGCUCAGGAUUCCGGUGCAUCGCCGACGCAUCGCCGUCGCGACGCCGGAAUUCUGUUUUCCUGCUUUCAAACUUACUUUACUCUUCAUUUAGUGAUACUUUUUGUGAUUUUAAUUUACCAAAAUAUACUUUGUUCUAUUACGAUUCUUCCGGCUUUUACAGAUCUUAAUUUGAUUAACUAAAUCGUCUAUAAUCGCUUUCGUAAGAAUCGCCAGGCGGAACUCUGUUUCCGCCCGAUCCGCGUUCGCCAGGCGCUGAUGUCAUCUUGACGUCCGCACCCUUAUUUCCUUCUUUUUCGUAAAUUUUAAAUAUAUUUCCUUUUCAUUUCCUAGUAUAAAAUUCAUAAAAAAUCGUAUUUAUUGAGAAAAAUUCUGAAUAAUUACCAGAUAUUAUAUUACAUUUCUGUGAUCAACCUGGAAAAUUACCGCUAUUUUUGGAAGUUUUUUUGAAUUAUAAUUGAUAUAUUUUUUCAGAAAUACUUCUAAAUAUCUGAAAAUUCGUAUUUUCUAGUUUUAUAAAUUUUAGAUUUGCGUGAUUUAAUAUACAACGACUGAGUCACGUCAGUAUCCCAAUGUAAGUUUCAUGAUAUUCUUUUUCAGAUUUAGUAUAAAUUCAUAUACUUCAUAUAUAUACCUUGACAUACUUUCAGUCAAAACAAAAUGGAAAUUAACAAAAGUUUCCCAAAAAUAAUAUUUUCAUUUUGAAAAGAAUUUUUCCUCAUUUCUAUCUUAUUUUUUAAAGCUCUCAUUCAUUAAUAAAUACAUUCUAUUAAUAGACCAUAAAAUGUGAUCAAGCCAUAUAAUUUUCAAAUUAGCUCUUACCCAAUCUAGAAUUUUUUCAUCUAAAUUGAUAUUUCUAAUUCUUCUAUUCAUCUAUUUCUUAAUAUCUUCUUUUAUCUGCAUAAUCUUCCCUUGCUCCAUUUUAUCUGCCAUACAUAUUUGUUCAAUUUGCGAGGAGUGAAAUAUUCCAAGCUUAGAAGUAAUUCUAAUGGGCUGUGGGUUUUGAAGGAUUGAAGGAUUGUCUUCUUUAAUCUCAGAUCUAAUGAAUUCAGUAAAAUUCAAAUUUUCUCCUCUAAAAUUAUCUCUAUAUUCAUAUCCAUUAUUUUUGUUUCUCCCCAUUAGUUGAAUCAACUCUUUUUCUAGCUUUUCGUUUCUCAACUCAUCAAAUUCUUCAUUUUUCCAAGAGCUAUCUUUUAAUUUUGAUAUAUGAUAUACAUCAUCAUCCUCACUAUCAAUAUCUAUGGCUGCAAAAUUAUGAUUAUAUUUAUUAAUUUCGUCUCCUACAUCUCCCAAAUCAACUGAUUUUUCCUCACUUGAAAUAUGUUUUUCUUCAUUUGUGUCCUUACUCCCUUCUACUAAAAUUUGGAUGAUUUUUCCAUGAUCAGCUGUUGUUUCUUCAUCUAAGGGCUCUUUCUCCUCAUCAUCCUCACUAUAUUCAUUCAUCAAUUGUGCGCAAUAAAUGAUUUUAUUCAAAUUUUCUGCUACUAUAUUUUCGGCCUUAAUAUUCUCAUUUACUUCUAAUGGCUCAUCAAUUUCUUCUAAUAAUUAGAAAUAAGGAUUAGGUAAAAUAUUCUCACUUAAUGUAUUCACUAUCCUAACAUUUUCAUUUCGUGCGUUUUUUUUAAAUUUAUCUAACUAGACUUUUCUUACUGAAAUCCUACUAUUAGAUAGUUUCCUGAAUUUUCUAUGAGUUGACUAGGUGGUUGUCCCUCUUCUCUGCUAUUCUCAAAAGUCUCUACAAUUUGUUUUUGGUGCAACAUUAUUUUAUUCAUAGUUUGUUGCAUCAUUUGGCUCAUUUGCUGCAUCAUUUUUAUAGCAUCAGGUUGGAUUUGAGAGGACUGAUUUUUCUGAAAUCUAUGUUCCUGUUUUGGACGAAAUUCAAAAUUUGAAUUGGAUCUAAGUGCUUCUGGAUUUUGAAUAUUAUUUGGGUUUCUCCACGAAAAAUUAUUCUCCCCCAAUUAGGAUUAUAAGAAUUAAAAAAAUAUUUCCUAUUUUUACUAAAAUCGUGGGGUACCUACACUUGUUCUUGUCUAGGAUGAUAUUGAAAUUCGAAAUGAUCAUUUUCACCAUACAUAGGACAUGUACUAUUUACAUUAAAUUGAGGGUUAAGAGGCUUUCUAAUAUUGUCAAUAAGUAAAUCAAGUUAUUCUAAUAUUUGAUUAAUCUAAUUAACCUCAUUUCUAAAUUUAGAAUCAUUAUCAUGAUGCGAUUCAUAAAUUCUUCUCUUCUUAUCUCUGUCAUAUAAUUCAAAAGAGGCUUGAUCUCUAGAAUUUUCACUUAAAUUCUCAUAAAGACUAUAAAUCUCAUCAGGGGUUUUCUCCAUCAAAGCUCCUCCACAUAUAGAAUCAACCAUAUUUUUAUGUUGUUCUAAUAAUCCAUCAUAAAAAAUUCUAUUGAGCUGCCACUUGGGUAUAGCAUGAUGAGGACACUUUCAAGUAAAUCUUUGAAUGUUUCCCAUGUCACAUGUAAAGUUUCUCCUAGUCUUUGAGAAAAAUUCUAUAUAUGUUUUCUCAUAUUUUGAGUUUUUCCUAAGGGAUAAAAUUUUCGAAGAAAGGCCUAUUCUAUAUCUUUCUAGCUAGUUAAUUAUCUAUCUAAUAUGGAUAGUUAAUGGCUAACUUUGUCCCUAAGUAUAUGAGGAAAUAAUUUCAUCUUAAUAAUUUCCGAUGUAACUUGAGGGAGAUUUACUAAAUCACAUACCAUAUAAAAUUUUUCUAAGUGCUGAUGAGUUUCUCUAAAGGCAAUCCAUGAAAAUUAGGGAGCAUUUGAAAAAAAAUUGGAUUUAUUUCGAAUUUAAUAGUUGGUGCUAAUGGGACUCUAAUAUUAGAUGCUCUUUGAAAUGAAUAAGGGAUAUAAUGAUUUUUCAUGGCCAUAGGAUUGCUCUCAGUUUGACCUGUACUUCAAGAUCCAUCAAAAAUCAUUUUUCUUUUGGAUUUUUAGUUUUGAAAGAAAUAAUGAAAGGAUUUUCUAGCCUUAGAUGCAAGGAUCUUCUACCAUGCAUAAAAAAAUCGGUAAAUUCGAGGGAAAAGUUUAGUAAUUGUUACCCUCCUUCAGCAUGCUCCAAUCCUUGCCUUGCCCUUUUGGUUCCCUUUUUCUAAAAAAAAUUUCGGCAAGAAGAAAAUAAAACAAGAGUUAAUUUUUUUUGUGUACUCUAAGAGAAAAAUAGAAAAACACUAAAUACUAUGCAAUACAUCCCUGACAACGGCACCAAAAGUUGACGUGACUUAGUCAUUGUACAUUAAAUCAUGCAAAUUUAAAAUUUAUAAAACUAGAAAAUACGAAUUUUCAGAUAUUUAGAAGUAUUUCUGAAAAAAUAUAUCAACUAUAAUUCAAUAAAACUUCCAAAAAUAACACUAAUUUUCCAGGUCGAUCACAGGGAUAUAAUAUAAUAUCUGGGAAUUAUUCAGAAUUUUCUAAAAAGAAUACUAUUUUCUAUGAAUUUUAAACUAAGAAAUGAAAAGAAAAUAUAUUUAAAAUUCACAAAAAAGAGAAAUAAGGGUGCGGAUGUUAGGAUGACGUCAGCACGCGGCGAACGCGAAUCCAGCAGAAACAGAGUUCCACCCGGUGAUUCUUACGUAAGCGAUUACAGACGAUGUAAUUGAUCAAAUUAAGAUCUAUAAAAGCCAGAAGAAUCGUAAUGGAAUGAAGUAAAUCUUGGUAAAUUUAAAAUCAACAAAUUAUCACUAAAUGAAACGAAAAUUAAGUUGAAAGCAGGAAAACAGAGUUCCGACGUCGCGGUGGCGAUGCGUCGGCGAUGCACUAAAAUCCUGAGCAUUUAGGAGGAUCAUCGUGUGGUGUCCACAGCCUCGAAGGCUCUCCUUGGACAAGGAUGACGUGGGCAAUCUCUAGAUCUCCUUGCGAAGUCUAGAGAUUAAUGAAAUGGGUCGUCGAGUCGUCUCCGGCGGCUGUCACUCGGCGGAGUGGAAAAACGGCGACUUUGUGGCUCUCCGGCGGCUGUCACCCAACAGAGAGGAGCUGGAUGGAGGUGGGGCACGUGUCAGGGAGCUUCAUCCUCAAGUCCACGCAGCAAGAGGAGGCUCUUCAUCGCAUCUAGUAUACUCUUAGGAGGUAGCGACUCGUCUCUUGGCGGAUCGUCCUCUUCCCGACGACGACUUGUUCGUCGAUCAAUCGGAGAUGCUUUACUCGAUGGAUUCGAAAUCCUUUUAUCACGAAUCGUUCGAAAAUUUUAGUAACAAUGCUCCGUGAAUCGCGUUGAUGAGAUUUUCGUCGAUGAUCCAGCGAUUCUGGUUGCUUAAUCCUUCACCAGUGAUCUGCAGGAAAGUUGCGAUAAUCAGUAAAAAAAAAUAUGAGUUUUGGCUCAGGAGGAUUCGAACCCCCGCCGGUUGCCCACCCUUUCUGGGAAAGGUGACGCGGGUUUAGUCCCACAUCAGUUGUGCGCCGACGUUUCUGGUGAAUAUAAAGUAAUAUUACAUUUCCGAUCAAGUCCUUUUCUGGCACGUGUACGACCACUCCUUGCCCCACAGCUAGCUGGGCACCGGUGACGUGGAAGGAGAGUGGCGCACACGUGCCCCCAUCGGUUCAAGUUGCUCGAGCCCCUGCUCGCGGCUCCUGCCCGACUACGCUUCCGACCCACUUGUGGGCCCAGCUGGCCGGUGCCCCCCCCCCCAUUUAGUCAUAUUUUUAUUUUUAUUUCUUUUUCUUCGUUUAUCUCAAAAGUAAGACUGUAAAAAUCGUAUAAAAUCACAUAAUUACCCAAAAAUUCACGUUAAUCAAUUGAAAACCACUUUUCACACUUUAACACAAAUAGAAGUCUAUUUAUCAUGAGUUAAGGCUAAAACUAUAUUAUUUACUAAUUAUUAACUCAUGAUAAUGAAGACUUAUCACAGACAAAGCACAUCGAGAUUAACUACCACUACAUCUAGGAAAAGGUAAUGUCAAGUGUUAUCUUUACUCUGUACAUUAUCUUAUCUCAUUAGCUUGCAAACGUCUUCACCAAGAGUCUUGUGGGGAUCUUAGAUAAUACAUAAAUAAUGCAUUAUAUAUAUGAUAUGUUGCAUUAAAGCUCAUGAUCUUAAGAUGUAAAUUUAUUGAUUUACUAAUGAAUUCUCAUAUUUAGGGCACGUAUUGACAUUCAUACACAUCUUACAUAUUUCAUUUGUUUCUCAUUAGAUUAUACAUUUUUAGAUACUUGAUGUACAUUGUGUGAGAACAUGAUGUAAUUUUUUGUCUUCUAACCAUGUGAGCUUCAUAUGCUAAGCAUUAACUUUCAGCUUAUUAAGGAGCAAAGAUCACACUUGGUCAUUGAGUGAAGAAUUAUGAGUUUAAGACUCAUAAUCACAUAAUGAGAAGCAAGUAAAGUGGGCUCAAAUGAAGAGUUGUGGGCAUAAGGCCCAUAUUCACUUAGAGGAUGUCAUCCAAAGAGAGAGGAGGAUCCAUUGCCCACUUAAGUGGAAGGGAGUAUUGAUCCAAUGGCUGAGAUGUAUACUUGGCACACGAUAAGACACAAAAGAGGAUCCACUAUCUACACAAGAAGGGAGUGGCUUAGUCAUUGAUUUAAGGAUUAAUCGCAUUGUAAAAAUUAGAGAGAGAAAGAAGGGCAUCGUCGUAUACAUACCAUGUAUCAACGAUGAAAAACGGAACUUAUCUUAGUGAAAGUUCAAGUGAUUGUUGUCCUAGUAGGGUUUGGAGGGUCCCAAGCUCUAUUCCUCGCAAUCGGAGGUGUGUCAUAUAUUCAUCAUCAGAUGAUUCACCUUGAACAAGAUUCUCUCCCAUGGCUAGCAGCUAUCGCCUCCUCUUGGUGGAAAUAAGGAAGGAGGGUGGUGAUAAUUGAUAAGUCUUCAUUAUCAUGAGUUAAUAAUUAGUAAAUAAUAUAGUUUUAGUCUUAACUCAUGAUAAAUAGACUUAUAUUUGUGUUAAAGUGUGAAAAGUGGCUUUUAGUUGAUUAACGUGAAUUUUUGGGUAAUUAUGUGAUUUUAUACAAUUUUAUAUGAUUUUUACAAUCUUACUUUUGAGAUAAAUGAAGGAAAAGAAAUUAAAAUAAAAAUAGCAAAAUGGGGGGGACCCGCUGGCCAGCCGGGCCUACAAGUGGGUCGGAAGUGCAGUCAGGCAGGAGUCGUGAGCAGGGGCUCGAGCGGCUUGAACCGAUGGGGGCACGUGUGUGCGACUCCCCUUCCACGUCACUAGUGGUCAGCCGGCUAUGGGGCAAGGAGUGGUCGUACAUGCGCGAGAAAGGGACUUGAUCGGAAAUGUAAUAUUCUUAUAUAUUCGCCAAAAACUUCGGCCCACAAACGAUGUGGGACUAAACCCGCGUCACCUUCCCUAGAACGGGCAGGCAACCAGCACAGGUUCGAAGCCUCCUAGAGCCAAAACUCAUUUUUUUUUAUCUGAUUAUCGCAACUUUCCUGCAAAUUGCCGGUGAAGGAUUAGGCAACCAAAAUCGCUGGAUCAUCGGCGAAAAUCUCAUCAACGUGAUUCGUGGAGCAUUGUUACUAAAAUUUCCAAAUGAUUCGUAAUAAAAGGAUUCCGAAUCCAUUAAGUAAAGCAUCUCCAAUUGAUCAACGAACAAGGCGUCGUCGGGAAGAGGAUGAUCCGUCGGGAGACGAGUCGCCACCUCCUGAGAGUGUACCAGAUGCGAUGAAGAGCCUCCUCUUGCUGUGCGGACCUGAGGAUGAAGCUCCCUGACACGCACCCCACCUCCAUGCAGCUCCUCUCCGCUAGGUGACAGCCGCUGGAGAGCCGCAAAGUCGCCGUUUUUCCGCUCCGCCGGGUGACAGCCGCCGAAGACGAUUCAAUGACCUAUUUCAUUGAUCUCUAGACUUCGCAAGGAGAUCUAGAGAUUACCCACGUUGUCUUUGUCCAAGGAGAGUCUUUAAGGUUGUGGACAUUGCACGACGAUCCUCCCGAAUGCUCAGGAUUCCGGUGCAUCGCCGACACAUCACUGCCGCGACACUGAAACUCUAUUUUCCUGCUUUCAACUUACUUUAUGCUUCAUUUAGUGAUAAUUUAUGUGAUUUUAGUUUUACCAAAAUAUACUUCGUUCAAUUACGAUUCUUCCGACUUUUACAGAUCUUAAUUUGAUCAAUUAAAUCCUCUAUAAUCGCUUAAGUAAGAAUCGUCGGGUGGAACUCUGUUUCUGCCUGAUUCGCAUUCUCAGGGUGCCGACGUCAUCUUGACGUCCGCACCCUUAUUUUCCUUUUUCGUGAAUUUUAAAUAUAUUUCAUUUUCAUUUCUUAGUAUAAAAUUCAUAUAAAAUAGUAUUCUUUGAGGAAAAUUCUGAAUAACUACCAAAUAUUAUAUUACAUCCUUGUGAUCGACCUGGAAAAUUAGUACUAUUUUUGUAAGUUUUAUUGGAUUAUAAUUGAUAUAUUUUUUUUAAAAUACUUCUAAAUAUCUGAAAAUUCAUAUUUUCUAGUUUUAUAAAUUUUAUAUUUACAUGAUUUAAUAUACAAUGACUAAGUCACGUCAACUAGUAUAGAAGUAAGUCUUUAGUCAAACACACGGAGAUUGAUUAAUCUAUCGUAAAAACUAAUUUAGUUUUUAUAUAAAGUGAUUUUAAUAUUUUAAUAAUAUUUAAUAGAAAUAAUAAAAUAGAAUGGUGAGGUGUGAAGAAUAAAGGAAGGGAAGCGGAGAAAAGAAAGGAGGAAAUGGAAGAGAAGAGAGCUCUCACAAGAGAGAUAAGGGAUGAGAUUUCUUGUGAAAGGGAGAGAAAGAGAGUGGAGGAGAGAAAGCUCUCACGAGAGAGAUAAGGAAUGAGAUCUCUCGCGAAAAUGAGAGAAUGAGAGAAUGAGAGAAAGAGAGAAGAGGAGAGAAAGCUCACACGAGAGAGAGAAGCGAUGAGAUCUCUCACAAAAGAGAGAAAGAGAGAGAUCUCAUGAGAAAUGGAGAGAGAAGAGAGGUCUCAUGAGAGAGGGAGAGAGAUAAAUAAGACGAAAUUGAAGAAAAAGAGAAAUACAGUCAACCCAUUUUCUUGGACGAAUGUGUGCUCAAAGAUUCACACACAUGACAUGAGGUCAGCCAUGAAUGUCUCUAGUUUAUUUUAACAGUUGAAUACUCAUUAAUCAGCCUUUAAUCUCGGUGAUUUCACGUUCAAAAAUAGAAAAAUUCUCAUUUUUUGUGGAACACCAGGGAUAUGAAUACAGUGAGAUUCGAUUGUGAAAAUCAAUAAAAAACAAGUUGAAAACAAUCUUAACUUGAUCUCAGACGAGUUUUAGAGGAUUCAGAAGAAGAAUGAAGAUCAUUCAUGAAGUUUGAAUUAGUUCUACUUAUUUCAAUCAAAACAUGCAUGAAACGGAAAUAACUUGUCGUAAAAUAUAAAUAAAUGAUAAACGCAAGUAAGUAAAUACUAAAAAUAGGAAGUUAACUGAAGUGACUCAGUCGUUGUAUAUUAAAUCAUGCAAAUAUAAAAUUUAUAAAACUAGAAAAUACGAAUUUUCAAAUAUUUAGAAGUAUUUCUGAACAAAUAUAUGUAAUAUAAUAUCUGGUAAUUACUCAAAAAUUUUCUCAAUGAAUACGAUUUUCUAUGAAUUUUAUACUAAGAAAUGAAAAGGAAAUAUAUUUAAAAUUCAUGAAACAAGGAAAUAAGGGAGCGGGCGUCAGGAUGACGUCAGCACCCGGCGAACGCAAAUCGGGCAGAAACAAAGUUACGCCCGACGAUUCUUACGUAAGCGAUUAUAGACGAUUUAAUUGAUCAAAUUAAGAUCUGUAAAAGACGGAAGAAUCGUAAUGAAAUGAAGUAUAUGUUGGUAAAUUUGAAAUCAACAAAUUAUCACUAAAUGAAACGGAAAUUAAGUUGAAAGCAGGAAAACAGAGUUCCGGCGUCGCAACGGCGAUGCGUCGGAGAUGCACCGGAAUCCUGAGUGUUCGGGAGGAUCGUCGUGCAGUGUCCACGGCCUCGAAGGCUCUCCUUGGACAAAGAUGACGUGGGCAAUCUCUAGAUCUUCUCGCGAAGUUUAGAGAUUAAUGAAAUGGGUCGUCGAGUCAUCUCCGGCGGCUGUCACCCGGCGAAGCAGAAAAACAGUGACUUUGCAGCUCUCCGGCGGCUGUCACCCGACGGAGAGGAGCUGGAUGGAGGUGGGGCGCGUGUCAGGGAGCUUCAUCCUCAGGUCCGCGCAGCAAGAGGAGGCUCUUCAUCGCAUCUGGUACACUCUCAAGAGGUGGCGACUCGUCUCCCAGCAGAUCAUCCUCUUCCCGACGACGGCUUGUUCGUCGAUCAAUCGGAGAUGA